UGUGUGAGCGCUACAGAGAGAGAGAGAGAGAGAGAGAGAGAGAGAGGGAACAGUCUCCGUUGUCUCAGAGGUUGAAGGAUCAAUAGAGUUGCAGUCGUGUGUCGGAGCUGCAUGGUGUUAGACGGAGGAAUCCUAGUUCCCACAGACCUAUUUCAGCAUGCUCACAGACCCUGAGCUACCUCAGGAGUUUAACAGGAUGUCUUCCAAGCGACCAAUCUCUCCAUAUGGGGGGACAGAUGGAGAGGUAGUCAUGGCAACCAGCAGACAGAGACUGGAAGAGGAAGAGAGAGAUGACGGACAGGCUGUCAUGCACCUCCCCCUGACGCCCUACUGCAGCAAGGUCUCGCCCCGCCCCCUGGACAGCCCCCCCACCCUGCACAAUGCCAUGGACCAGGGUUGGUCUCUGAGCCCCUACCCCCAGCACAACUCCUCUACCUCUCCAGGCAGUAAGCAGCAGGUGGAGGAGGGUGGUUCAGGGGCCGCAGCGCUGGGGACUCCAGAGAGACGUAAGGGCAGCCUGGCUGACGUGGUGGACACACUGAAACAGAGGAAGAUGGAGGAGCUCAUCAAAAACGAACCAGAAGGUCAGUCACCAUGUACAAAGAUGUACUGCUCUGUAUCGCUUUCUCUUUUCUCCCUAUCACUCUCUAUCGCUCUCUAUCACUCUCUCUCUCUCUCUUUCUCUCGCUCAAUUUCAAUUCAAGGGCCUUAUUGGCAUGGGAAACAAAUGUUUGCAUUGCCAAAGCAUGUGAAAUAGAUAAUAAACACUUAGUGAAAUAAACAAUAUAAAUGCACAGUAAACAUUACACUUACAAAAGUUCCAAAAUACAAAAAUAACCUGUACUGUACACACACACACACACACACACACACACUCACACAUGCCCUAUCACUUUCUUUCUCUCUCUGUCUCUAUCUCUCUAUCACUUUCUAUCUUUCUCUCUCUCUCUCACUAUCUAUCUUUCACUCUCUCUCUAUGUUUCUUUCUCUCUUACUCUCUCUUUCGUUUUCUCUCUCACUUUACCCUUUAGUAGCAGGUGAUAGUGCCAGGUCUCCCUCCCUCUCUUGCACCAUGCUAACGAACACAUUUUGUAACUGCCUGGCGACAGGGUGUGUGUGUCUGUGUUUCUGUAAGUGUAUGGGUGUGUGGGUGUAUGUGUGUGGGUUGGUGUGUGUGACAGAGAGAGUCAGCCCUUUGUUUGAUGGCAGACAGCAUCAGCUGUCCAGAGCCAUUGUCUAACAACCACUUUGCAUAUUUAUUACCAGCUGAUAGUACAGGGACCAUCAGCCUUUUACUCUCUCUCUCUCUCUCUCUCUGUCUCUCUCUGUCUCUCUCUGUCUCUCUCUGUCUCUCUCUGUCUCUCUCUCUCUCUCUCUCUCUCUCUCUCUCUCUCUCUCUCUCUCUCUAGCCUUUAGUAGCAGGUGAUCUCUCUGUGUGCUUUCGUGUGUGUUCUUUCUUUCAAUUUUCGGCUAAAAUUAUAUAUCCAAAUCUGACUGCCUGUAGCUCAGAACUUGAAGCAAAUAUAUGCAUAUUCUUGAUACCAUUUGAAAGGAAACACUUUGAAGUUUGUGGAAAUGUGAAAUUAAUGUAGGAGAAUAAUACAAAGAAAAAAACAAUUGUUUUUUUAAAUUUAUUUUGUACCAUCAUAUUUGAAAUGCAAGACAAAAGCCAUAAUGUAUUAUUCCAGCCCAGGCGCAAUUUAGAUUUUGGCCAUUAGAUGGCAGCAGUGUAUGUGCAAAGUUUUAGACUCAUCCAAUGAACCAUUGUAUUUCUGUUCAAAAUGUUGUAUCAAGACUACCCAAAUGUGCCUAAUUGCUUUAUUAAUAACUUUUCAAGUUCCUAACUGUGCACUCUCCUCAAACAAUAGCAUGGUAUUCUUUCACUGUAAUAGCUACUAUAAAUUGGACAGUGGAGUUAGAUUAACAAGAAUUUAAGCUUUCUGACAAUAUCAGAUAUAUCUAUGUCCUGGGAAAUAUUCUUGUUACUUGCAACCUCAUGCUAAUCGCAUAAGUGCACAUUAGCUCGACCGUCCCCAGGAUGGGACACCGAUCUGUAGAGAUCCUUAAGAGGAUUUUUAGUGGAAAUGUGUCUGUGUGUGUGUGUGUGGGUGUGUGGGUGUAUCCAGCUGCUGCUGCGUGUGUGUGGACACCUUGACUUUGCUCAGACUCUUGAGUAUGCCACACAACAAUUUUACAGUUGAUCCCUAAGUCAAACAGGCCGAGGCCAGGACAAGAAAGCCAGCAGUGUGUGCAUGCGGGUGUGUGUGUAGGUGUGUGUGUACAGUACAGGUUAUUUAUAGUACAUAUAACAGACCGCCACACUGCAUGGAGGUGUGUGUAGGCCAGUCAGUGUAACAGGCCCUGUACAAAAUCAUUUGCUCCCGGCAUUUCUUCAUAUGUGGCUGUGGGCCAUUAUUAGGACAAAUGUUUGUUUUCCAAUUUCUGCUUCAAAGUCCCAUAAUAUACUGGAGUUAUUUUCUUCUGCCCUUGAAAUAAUACACUAUUCUACCUGUGGCCGUUUUGGCUCUGCAUUGAGCCCCACAGUCCAGUUCCACUUCACAGAGGGCCCAACAAGUGAGAAAACAGUGCUGGGGGCGUGUGUGUUUUCGCGCUUGUGUGAGUCCCAGAGACGUAUGGUUUUGCCAGUUAUAGUUGGCCUACAUUCAGCUCUACGGUUGUUCCAGUUGAUAUGUUGAGUUUUUUUCAAAUGCUUCUUUUGAGUUUGGUGGAAAAGACCCGCAAUAAACCGGGUUGUUUGGCGAGAUUCUGAGAAGUGUGCUGUUGGCUAGACGGUGCGGGAGCUGCGAACCUUUUUGAGUUCUGUUGUUGGAUUGGGUUUAUUGUACAAGAGGACUCCGUGAUCUGGCCAUAGUAUAACCACAAUAAUAUCUGUGAGUCAGGCAGUACAGAUACAGACCGAGACAUACACACACACACACACAGUUCGAGAGCAGUAGCGGUAGCUUCACACUCUCCAUUAGCAGGGCCACAGUACCACAUCAGAAUGGGUAGUGCCAUUAUCUCUCCGACCGUUGCCGUUAAAAUGAAACACCCUAACAAAAGGCCUCAGCGCCUUGAGAGCAGACACACACACACACACACACACACACACACACACACACACACACACACACACACACACACACACACACACACACACACACACACACACACACACACACACACACACACAACAGACAGAACAGAAAGGCAUAAAGAGGGGAGGAAAGAAAAGGGGGGAGAUGAAGAGUGAGGGUGGAGACAGAGAGAGAGAAAGAGAGAGCGAGAGAGAGAGAGAGAGACCCUACUAUAUAAAAAUCCAUUCCAUCCUUCUCAGCCCUCUCUCUCUCUCUCUUUCUUUCUUUCUCCCUCUCUCCCGGCUGCCCAUUGUUUUGUUGUGUUCUCCACAAAGCCCAUUAGCAGCAAACGGCAGGUUGGGAUGAAACAUUAAUGAAGGCUUUAAUCAUUAUGAAAGGCCUGUAUUAAUACUGCUGCAGUCCCCCUUUCACACACUGCCUGCCUCCAGCUGGAUCAAUGGCACACACACACAGGGACGCGGGCGUGCACACACACACACACUCACCCCGGUAUAGGCACAUGUGCUGUGAAGAAAGGGAUGUGAGAGAAGGACUAAAGAGAUGAAAUUGGUCAGAAAACAACAAACACCCUAAAAACAGGACUAGAAAGGGGAAAAGAGAAGAGGAGAGAGAGAGAGGCUGGCUUUAUAUAACCAGGCCUUGAGCUAGACACUAGCCAUGUUCUCUUAGACUCUCGCCUUGUGUAAAACCAGUGUCUCGACACACACACACACACACACACACACACACACACACACACACACACACACACACACACACACACACACACACACACACACACACACACACACACUGGUCCAGGGUUGAGGCAGAAGUUACAAAGACAUAGUUUUUAUCAGUGUGACCAGUGCUGCUCUACUUAGUGGCUAGAUAAAUGUGGCGUGGUACAAAGACACGCUGGUGUGUGUGUAAGAUACUGGGUCAGUACAGACUGCCUCAUCUCCCCUGUGUCUCUCUCUCUGUGUGUGUGUGUGUAUGUGUGUGUGUGUGUGUGUGUGUGUGUGUGUGUGUGUGUGUGUGUGUGUGUGUGUGUGUGUGUGUGUGUGUGUGUGUGUGUGUGUGUGUGUGUGUGUGUGUGUGUGUGUGUGUGUGUGUGUGUGUGUGUGUGUGUGUGUGUGUGUGAGAGAGAGAGAGAGAGAGCACUGAGCAGCUGGCUGAGCCACUACCACAGAGCGCCCAAGCAGGAGUAGCGCUGUUGGCCUUUAAUAAAUGACUAGCCAUAGAGCUCCCUUAUCGACUUUGUGAUGUUACACCGCGCUCACACACAACACAUUCCUCUUCUGUCUACCUAUACUGCCUACCUGUUACCCCCGAGACACACACACACACACCGCUGCGUGGUAAUGCUGGUUUUAAAUUGUGUCAGAUGUUGAGUAGAGAGUUGGAAGUGUGUGAAGAGGAGUUGAUGGGGGAUCAUGCUGGCGUGUGCUUGUGCGUGUGUGUGUAUGAUUCCGUGCUGGAGUGAAUGUGUGUGUGAUUAGGACUAAUAAUGAGAGCAGAUCAGAGAGCAGCACGGGGGGGCGCAGGGGUGAGAGGAGGGCCAGGUCUGGGCUUAGGAGGGACAGCACUGGGGCUGGAUAGACACACACACAGGGAGCCAGGGACAGGCACUUCACUGUUGGCUGAAGUUAACCCUCCCCUCCCUCUACUGGGCUGUACGUUUAACCUAUAGUAACACACACCUCGCUUCGGUAGCACACUGUUGUAUAGCGAGUGAGAAUACAAGCGAGAUAGAACCAGAUCAUAGAGGAAACUAGCUGCAGUAUUUGGGGCACAGAUGUUCAUCUCAGCCCCUAGAGUGAUACUGCCUCCGCCCUGGCAACUCACCAGUCCUCCUCGGUCCACGCAGUCCCCCUCUCCCUUCCUCUCUGUCUCCCUCUCUCUCACCUGUCCCCCUUCCUCUCAGUCACCCUCUCUC